AUGCGCUCGGGAUGUUGGGACUCACAGAUGUGCGACCUUCGCUCGACAUGGAUGAUGUCCUGGGUCUUGUUUCUCUCGCUGUGGCUCGCCCUGGCCCAGGGCAUGAAGACAGAUCAAAUUAAGGGCCUCAGGAAAGAAACGGAGCAGAUGUUCUACCAUGGUUUCGAAAACUACAUCAAAUACGCUUAUCCCGAAGACGAACUACGCCCGCUAUCCUGCCGCCCCUUGUCCCGCGACCGCGAGAACCCCGCGCAUGCCGAGCUGAACGACGUGUUGGGGAAUUACUCCCUGACACUGAUUGACAGUCUGUCGUCGCUAGCGAUCCUGUCGAGUGCCGACGAUGGCGGUCGAGCAUUGGGCCACUUUCAAGAUGGGAUCAAGGACUUUGUGCGGCUGUAUGGUGAUGGCUCAAGUGGUCCUGCUGGUCAGGGCGAGCGAGCAAGGGGUUUCGACAUCGAUAGCAAGGUGCAAGUCUUUGAAACGGUCAUCAGAGGACUAGGGGGCCUACUCAGCGCCCACCUUUUCGCAGUGGGAGAUCUCCCAAUUACCGGAUACAGCCCUCCGGAGACCGAGGCUGCGUUUGCCAAAGCAUGGGACAAGACGUCCUUCCCUAAGGAUAGCCAUGGCAUCGAGUGGGAGAAUGGCUUUGUCUACGACGGACAGUUUCUCCGUCUCGCUACCGAUCUGGCAAAUCGCCUUUUACCGGCUUUCUACACGGACACCGGUCUUCCGUACCCGCGAGUCAACCUUCGAUACGGGGUGCAACGGCACCCCUUCUAUGCGAAUUCCCCGCUAAACACCGCCAGAGCGUGUGACGGCCCUAGUCACGCGUCUUGUCAGAAACCUCGACGCUCCUCGCUGCAAGAAACAACGGAGACGUGCAGCGCUGGCGCUGGCAGCUUAGUUCUGGAAUUUACGGUGCUGAGUAGGCUGACCGGAGACGGUCGGUACGAGGAGCUGGCCAAAAGGGCGUUCUGGGCCGUCUGGUCCAGACGGAGUGAAAUUGGAUUGAUUGGCUCUGGCAUUGAUGCAGAGUCGGGCAGAUGGGUUCACUCCUAUACCGGGAUCGGCGCGGGAAUUGAUAGCUUUUUUGAAUACGCAUUCAAGUCGUAUGUCCUGCUUUCCUCGGGGGAAAGGCCGCCAUAUGACACUGAGAGUCCUUGGCGUGCGUUGGAUGACUAUUUUCUUCCUCUCAGCGAAUACGAACAUUCCCCUGAAGCGUUUUUGCAAGUGUGGGAGGAAUCUCACGCUUCAAUAAAGCGCCAUCUGUACCGAGGGGAGGGCUAUCAACACCCGCAUUUAAUUCAAGGGGAUAUCUUCACCGGUGCCACCAGGGCCUUCUGGAUUGAUAGCCUGAGCGCCUUUUACCCAGGGCUCCUGACCCUGGCAGGGGAAUUGGACGAGGCGAUUGGGAUCCACUUGCUCACGACCGCGGUUUGGACCCGAUUCUCCGGCCUUCCUGAGAGAUGGAAUGUGGCUACCGGGAAUAUCGAGGGUGGACUCGCCUGGUAUGGUGGUCGGCCUGAGUUUGUGGAAUCAACGUACUAUCUAUACCGCGCCACCAAAGACCCCUGGUACUUGCAUGUCGGCGAGAUGGUGCUUCGGGACCUUAAACGGCGAUGUUGGACCAAAUGCGGCUGGGCUGGGCUUCAGGACGUGCGGAACGGAGAGCUUAGUGACCGGAUGGAGAGCUUUUUCCUCGGUGAAACUGCCAAGUAUCUCUUCCUGCUGUACCAUCCGGAACAUCCCCUGAACAAGAUGGACCAACCGUUUGUCUUCUCUACUGAAGGUCACCCGUUGAUCAUCCCAAAGAGUACGUUUGGCUCGGAGGCCCCACGCAACGAACAAACGCCUGUCUUCGGGGCAGCCAGGGAGUCUGUCUGUCAGACAGCGCCGGUACCCCCAACAUUCGGCCUGUCUUCGACAGCUGCACGGCCAGAUGUAUUCCAUGCCGCAAGCCUGGCUCGCUUGCACCUGAUGCCAAACAGAGGCCCUGCGGAGGGGCCACUUUUGGACUAUGCGAAAGAUCAUCCGAGUGUGUCUGUGUCUGAUCUGUCGUCGCCGACAAACUAUACCUUCUUCCCGUGGACGCUACCGCCAGAAUUGAUACCCUUCAAUGCAACCAGCUCCCCCAUGAACGUUCGUCCCACGCUCGACAUCUCGUUUCCCUCGUUGCCCGGCAUGGUCCUGGGCUCUGGAUCCCUGGAGCGCGUGAGAGAUGGGGUUUUGGUCAAGGCCAUCGGAGGCCUGCGGCUGAGCAUGAUCCAAGACGUGCCGUCGCAGGGCGUGUCUGAGCAAUCCAACGGCGAAGAAUACCGGGUUCAGGUGAUCAACAACGUGCCACUUGGAAAAGAUGAGAAGGUAUAUCUCUCGCGGGAGAUCACAUUUGAUGUCCUGGACCCCAGCGAUCCGAACUUCACGCGCAUUCGCGACUCCGCCAUGGUUGACCUCGUCAUUGACGUACUUCCAGAAACCGUCCGUCGAGGAAAUGAUUCAGAUGAUCUUGAAGAAUCGGCUACUGCGGCAGAGCCGCUCGUCCGCGGAUCCAAACACCUCGCCGACGAUCACAAGCUCGGCCCCGUCGACCCUUCACCGUCGGGCAUGAGAACCGUCCUAUCGUCGGUGAUGCAGUCGCUCUCGGCCCUAUUGCGCGACGAAAUACAGGGUUCCUCGGGCAAACCGCGGCCUCUACGACUCGCCCUGCCGGCAUCUACUGCCUCGGGACUGGGAUCCGGCCCGAUGCCGGAGGUGGAGGACGCGACCACCUUCUCCGUUACGGGCGACGUCUCCAAGAACCGCCUUGCGUGGUCUACAAUCUACUUCGCAGACGACCUCUGCGACGACCGCAUCCCGCGCGAGGUCGUACAGAACCACCAGGUGCUGGUCCUCAAGCGCGGAGGGUGCAACUUCUCGCAGAAACUCCGCAACAUCGCAGCGUACCCGCCAUCGCGGCACGCCCUGAAACUGGUCAUCGUGGUGUCCGACGAGGAACCGACCGACGAGCAGACCGCCGGUGUCGACACACCCUCCCCGGCGCCUCCGGGUUUUGCGGCCCUCCGUGCGGCGCCGUAUCUCGCCCGGCCCCAUCUGGACGAACCCCAGCUGACGGCCGGCGGCAUCGCGCGACGCCACCUGAUCCCCAUGGUCAUGGUGGGCGGCGGGGACGAGACGUAUGCGUUGCUCCAACGGGCAGUGGGCGUGGGAAUCAAACGACGAUAUACGGUGCGGUCGCAGGGCGUUCCAAUCAGCAACUUACAUCUGCUCCCUACUCCGAAACAAAAACUACCUACCUCCCACAAGACAAUACCCCAGAGUAACUCAACAACCAUGCAUCCACAAGACACCUCCGCAGCAGCCAAAACCACCAUCACCAUCACCACCACCGACCUAAUCGACCCCUCGCCAUCAACCACCCGCGCGCGCGCCCUCUACUUCGCCUACGGCUCCAACCUCUCCUUCACGCAAAUGCGCCACCGCUGCACCCAGAACCCGCACCUCUCCGCGCGCCCCGUCGCCCUCGCCCGCCUCGACCACUGGCGCUGGCUCAUCUGCCAACCGGGCUACGCGAACGUCGUCCCGCCGCCGCACCUGCGCAUCGGCCCCCAAGCGCGCGACGGCGACGCCGUCCCUGUGUCCGGCGCUGAGGAUGCCGUCUUCGGCGUGCUGUACGAGAUGGACGCGGCGGACGAGCGGCUGCUGGACGGGUACGAGGGCGUCGAUCACGAGGCGCCGCUGGUCGACCCGGGUAGUCGCGACUGUCCGGUUCCGUGGAGUGUGCGCCCGCGCGAACAGGGUCGUGGGGAUUAUAAUAAGUGGUAUGUACCUGCUACGGUGGUGCAGUGGCUUGACGAGGCGCAGCGCGUGCGCUGGGAGGGGAGCUCCGGAGAGGGAAUGGUGCCUACGUUGGUGUAUGUGGACGAAUUGCGGGUGCGCUCGGCGCCGCCGAAGGAGGAGUAUGUGCCGCGGAUGAAUCGGGCGAUUCGCGAGGCGGAGACGUUAGGGUUCCCGAAGGGGUGGGCGGAUGAGGUGAUGAGGAAGUGGAUUCCGUUGGAGAAUUAG